AUGUCGUCCGGAUUUGUGUCUGCUGGUACGGACCAGGAACCAAUCGAGCGGGAUGAUGAAUGGCUUCGCGUUCAAAAAGAGCUGGAGGAGGAACGGAGGCGCAAAGCCGAGCUGGGAAAGCAAGACGGCGGGAAAAGUUUAUAUGAAGUCCUACAACAAAACAAAAUGGCAAAACAGGAAGCUUUCGAGGAAAAGAUCAAGCUGAAAAACCAGUUUCGCUCCCUGGACGAAGAUGAGGUCGAGUUCCUAGACUCCAUUAUGGAGUCAACCCGCGCCCAAGAAGCCGCAGUCAAAAAGGAGACUGCCGAACAACUUGAAUUGUUCCGUCGACAACGCGAGGAAGCCGAGAAGACACUUCUGGAAGAGGGCUCGGCCGACGUCGCACCCUCGGCGGAGGGGGAGGAUUGGAAGAUCCCAGCGCGCAAGCGACGACGGGACAAGAACAAGGAUCUUCUUAUUCCAGGAAAGAAACGCAAGUCCACCGUGGAGAACCUCGGCGAUCUCUCCCCUCCGGCGGACAAAGCACCAAGCAAGAGCCAAGGAUCCGAAAAGAAUGGGAAAUCCACGGAUGCGUCAUCCAAGAGGGCAGAGUCGAACAAGCCAUCGGAGGUCCCAGAAGCUUCAAAAUCCCUAUCCAAGCCUGCCAGCGGAGUGCAAACCCCCAACCCGGGACAUGCAGAAGCCGGCUACGACUCAGACUCUGAAUGA